CUUGGUUGGAAGUGGAGGGUGCUCACCACUAGAGCAACCCACUCUUUUCCGCUAAAACCUACAAUUUAAUUGCGCUUUGCACUUAAAGCUCCAACAGACUUUGGCGCUUUUUGCUUUGACUUCUCUAUUAAUGCUUUUACCUGAAACUUAAAUUUGUUCAAUCUACUCUGCAGUUCACAGGAAGCAGCUUAUGGUGUUGAGGGCUGGAGAGACCAGGGGAGUCGGGUUAACUCAGACAAAUUAAGUGGAAGUGGCUAUAGCAAGUGGUUGGUCCUAAAGGAUCAGCUUCAAAUUGGAGACACUGUGAGAUCCAGGAAGCCACCAAACUCAUGUAAACCUGAAAACAUGGAGGUACCAGGGGGUACCAUUGUUGGCAUGGAACGAGAUACAGAACGAAAUGGAUUUGUGCUGGUGAGGGUGCAUGGCAUCCAUGAUCCUCUUAGAGUUCAUGGAUCGACAUUGGAGCGGGUGACAUUUGGCUUGGCUGCAGGAGAUUGGGUACGUUUGAAGACGAACGGUAAGAAACAUUCAUCGGUAGGCAUCCUUCACUCCAUUGAUCGUGAUGGAAGUAUAGCUGUUGCAUUCAUAGGUUUGGAGAUCUUUUGGAAGGGCAACUGCUCUGAGCUUCAGAUGGCAGAAGCUUACUGUGCUGGACAGUUUGUAAGGCUGAAGGGUGAUAUUUUCUGUCCGCGCUUUGAAUGGCCCCGAAAGAGAGGUGGUGACUGGGCAACAGGUAGAAUUUGUCAUGUGCUACCUAAUGGGUGUCUUGUUGUGAACUUUCCUGGUAUGCUGGUGUUUGGUGAUGAAAAUAGCAGCUUUUUGGCUGAUCCAGCAGAAGUCGAAAUCGUUUCUUUUGACACUUGCCCUGGUAUUGUGAAGAAGUAUCAACACCUUGAGGACUUCCACUGGGCUGUUAGACCACUGUUGGUUGCAUUAGGCCUAUUUACUGCAAUGAAGCUUGGCCUUUUUGUCGGGAAGAAAGUCAGGAGAUCAAAGGUGAAGAAGGGGCGCAACCCGGUGAUACACAUUGAAGGUCAACAAGGGGAUGCUCAAAAUGCAGCAUGGCUUCCUCCAAAGGUGGCAAAUAUCAUAUUCAGAGAAGGGGCUAGUGUAACAACCACCUCUAGGUAGUUCUUAGUCUCUAUCAAUGCCAAGCUAAGAGGAUUGCACUAACAUCUACUGGAAAGUUGGAUAACCUAUUUGCAACCUUUGCUUAGAGCAUGCAAAUAUUCUAUGAUAAACAAAUGUUUAAAGAUCUGUAAAUACAUGGAUGGCUGUAAAUACACUUUUACUGUUCAUAUAUAUUUUUUUUCCAUUAUAUGACAGUUGUUUUAAGCCCUCA